CUCCAUGGAGAGGCACACUGAGAUAAGCGGGUGUGCGCUGAGCCCGUUACCUGAGUUAGUAGCUGUCAGCCAAGUAGCUUUGCCCAUCUCUCCCCCUGUGUACUAGCCAGUCACUCAGCAAAUACACUUGUUACUGGGGACAGUGAGCAAAACCAAAGCCUGUUGAGAAAUCACUCAGAAAAAGAAGAGAAAACUCAGUAGCUGGUAUCUUUAUAGUAUUUUCCAGUCUGGACUUACAAACAGUACAACCUAAGCCUCAAGCAGUUUUGGUGAAGUGUGCAGUUGUGCUCAUUUCACAGAUAAGAAAACUGAUUUGUCCUUGAUUCCUAGGGGAUGAGGAGGCAGGGCUAGGAGGAGAACUUCUGCCUGCCCCAUGUCUGUCUUUUUAAGCCAGCCUGAUCUUACAGGAACCUUUCUGUGAGGCAAAUGGUUUUUCGCUGCCAGCAGCUAUACAAAUACACUUGCAACACUGUGUACUUGAAAUCCUCUGGCAUGCUUUGUAUCCACAUGCAAAGUCAAUUCUGGGAGACCAGGUCUCUGGCAGAAGCAAAAUGUUAAAUUAUUUGACAGUGUAGAUGCACUGUAUGAUGCACUGGUCACUAACGCAUGAGAAGAGAGAGCCAAAAAACGUGCGGAUACGUUGUGAGGCAAUACCACUAAGGUGUAUGGACAGACAUAUCUUGGCCUGUCUUCAAGACAGCUUCCUGCUGGGCUUCCAGCUCCAUAUGGAAUAUGUUUGUUGCAUUCGUCGCACACAAAAGGCACCUACUUCUUAGAAACUGAAAGAACAGGCUUAACAGCAUGACUAAUGCACCUCCGUGGAAGCUUCCCAAGUGCUCUGCAUGAUGGGCACUCAUACAGCUCCUGAACUGAAGCCAAGGAAAAGACAAACAAAGGGUGAUAAGUGAGGCUGUGAACUUCAUGUGAUAUUCAGAGACUAAUGCUGUUAGCCCCUGUGUCUGAGUGUUCUUUGCUAAUGCCGGGGGUGUUACUGAACAGGCUAUGCAAACUGCUGGCUUAGUCUUCGAUUUUUCUCCAGCUCAAGCCCAUGGAAAAUGUCAGAUUAAUAUCAGAGGCACAUAAUUGAACGCUUGCUGAUGAAAUAGGUCAGUAUUUCUACUCAGAUUGUGUACUCUGCUGCAAAGACUUAUGACAAACAUCCCUGAGUGGCCUCAGCACAGCAGUGGGGUAUCCGCUGGACACAGUGAAGGUGAGAAUUCAGACGGAGAGGCAUUACAAAGGCAUUUGGCACUGCAUUCAAGAAACAUACCGGACAGAAAAAAAACUUCCUUUGUAACAUCUGCAAGCUGCGAUACGGCGCUGCUGACGCCAAGCCUUCCAAGCUGGACGUUUCCCUGGCUGGAGGUGCUGCUGGUGCCGUGCGGGUUGUGCUGAUGGCACCCAGUGAAGUGGCUAAAGUUCGGAUGCAGACCCAGAGGAACCCUCAUCCUUCUGCCACAUCUGCCCAGCCCAACUCCAAGCCAAAAUACCGAGGGUCUCUGCACUGUCUGAAGGUGAUCGCCAAGGAGGAAGGCUUUGGGGGUCUCUACAAGGGCUGCUCUGCAUUGCUCUGCAGGGAUUGCUCUUCUUCUGCAAUAUAUUUCCUUACCUAUUCUACCCUCUGUGACUGGCUCACGCCAGCUGGGAAAAAUAAACCAGGUUUCCUGGUCGUGCUGCUUUCUGGUGGCUUUGCUGGAGUCCUGGCCUGGGGAUUAGCUACCCCCAUGGACGUCCUCAAAUCACGGAUGCAAGUGGAUGAGUCGGGGCAGGACAAGUACAAGGGCCUCAUCCACUGUGCGAGACAAAGCGUGAGAGAGGAGGGCGUGAAAGUGCUUUUCAAGGGUUUGGGGCUGAACUGCAUUCGGGCCUUUCCUGUGAACAUGGUGGUGUUUGUCACAUAUGAAGCUGUACUGAGAUUUACGGAUCAUUUUACAAACAAAAAGUAGCUCAUGCAGCUCUGUUGUGAGGUGUAUUUUGUUGAGGUUGUUUUAUUUUUGUAGCACAACACGCACAACCGCUGAGCCCUGCUCUCUGCUGAUGGACAGCGUAAGAAGCAGGGGCAUUGCAACACAACGCCAGAUGACCAACAUCCUUGUUUUCUUCUUAUAGGAUUACAAACUCAUCAGGGAGUCUUGCAUUUGUGUACAACAUCCCUUUUAUCUUGUUAAUGUAUUUAUACUGUAGCUGCUGAGACUUUUGUGAAUAUUUAUGCUCUAAAAAGCUACUAGUCUUAGAGAUUUUGGGAAAGGUUUCAUUUUCUGUUCCACCUGCACAGAAAACAACCUUCACUGCUGAAGUUGAAGGGACUUUGUGUACGAUUUAACACUACACGGUGUGUCCUGUAAGGCAUUCACUGAGUAAUUUACAGAUUUGUACUUCAAUCCACAACUGGUGGACUGUUCAUUCCCAGCUGUAAUUCUGCCCAAGUUCUCUACGAUUACAUCCCUUCAGUAGCAGCUGAAAUAUGAAUCUCCUUGCUUUUUCCUGGCAUUUUUUCAUGAGUGGCAGAGAUAGUCUGCUUACGUAAUCGCUCUAAUGGCCUCAUUGGAAGUGAAAACAGGCAUCAAUUCUGGAAAUCACGUGUUUUUCUCCCAGCGCAGUCCCCAGCCACAGAUCCUGAGUCCCCUUCUGGCAGUUGAGCGCACCGCAUGCCUGGCGGUGGCCAGAGCUUCCACAACCCUCUCUGGUCCUGCAAGGAGGGCUGGGGUGGAUGCUAGAAAGCUUUGCUCCUCAGAGGAGAGACUGCCAUGAAAUCUGUGCGUUGGGCAGCUAGGUAAGUUGAAGAAGAAUCGCAGAACUGUAUAGCUAAGAUUUGCUACUUAAAAAAAAAA